GCUGGCUUCCGGACUCGAUUUGUUGCGUCCCACUACUCUUCUGCACCUCUUACCUAGCCAUCCACCUACCUGUUUUAUUCCUAGGAUAUUCCUUUUGCCCUAGCGCUGCCGUUUUCCGUUCCUUGUCGGUUUGCGCAACCUGGGCUGUUGUAUCCUACCCUCUGUCAACUCGAAUUCCCCGCUGCCUUCCGAAUACUCUCGGAGUCUGCCUUGUGGCGCGCAUAUUGCGCAUAUCCCUUGUGCGUAUCUGGACGCAGAAGAGAGACGAUUGCGACCUCUGCCGGUGCUGGAGUCGAGACUGCACCACAAAGCCGGGCCUCUACAUGCCCUGAGGCGCUGCAUGCCCACCUAUUCUAUCAAAAUUCGAGCAAUUAGAGUCAAUCAUGAGUGAUUACUCGUAUCAAUCGUUGGCAAACAUGGGGCCGCAAGGCCGGUGGCGUCGUGUCUUGCUUGUCGCCAUGGUACCAAUGGUGCUUGCAUUUGUUUACUACAGCACUCCCUCCUCAUACAUGCCUGCUGGUCUUUCUUCUUCACCAUAUCCGCACACCCAAAAUGUAACCCUUCCACCAGACGAUCUAACAAUGUCGACGAUAAUAAAAGCCCUCUACGGCCCCGUGUUACACCCAAUAGAUGCCCCAGAGUUCACAGAUGAAGAUGGAGAUGUAUACCGGUUGCCCGGAGCACCCAGAUACAAAAGCAAGCUGGGGAAGAAGGUCCUGAUUUUGGACAUUGACAGUAGGCCCUUGAAGGAUGAGGGUCAGCUUAUGAACAAGCACUUGAAGUGGAAGGGCAUGCGGUCACUUUCCGCCGGUAUGCUGGGUCACUACAUGUUUGCUCAAAUACACGGUUAUGACUACAAGUUUAUCCGCGCACCCGACUACGAAGACCGUUGGGGCACCUGGGUUAAGGUACCCUUGAUGAAAGAAGCCCUUAAGACGCACGAAUACAUUGUCUUCAUGGACUCGGAUGUCAUGUUCCACUACCCCCACCUCCCCCUCGAAUGGCUCCUAAACUACUGGAACAUGACCGACGAUACCCUCGCCAUGAUGUCCAUCGACCCCAACGAGCCCCAAAACUACGACUCAAGGGGCAACCGCUACCUCAACACGGGCUUCGUCAUUGCCCGCCAGAGCAAGCGCACCCAGGAAAUGUACAAGGCCUGGGCCGAGUGCCCCUCGGAAACCCGCUACAAGGGCUGCGCCAAGUGGAAAAAGGGCUGGGCCCACGAACAAGCUGCCUUUGGAAACUAUCUCCGCUACGAUUACGAUCGUCCAGACGAUAUCCGCGUCUUGCCUUGCGUCGAGGCCAAUGGCGCCCCCGAAGCGGAGAAGAGAGGCGGCUGCAAGGGCGUUUUUGUCCGACAUUUCUGGGUCGACAAGGGCCUUGUGGCGAAGAGUCUUGCCGAUAACGUUAUGCAGUAUUUCCUGCCGAGACUGCACGAGACAUAUCUGGCAUCGUCGAACGAACACAUCGUUGAUGCCAAGGGAUACAGACUCGAGGGCGCCGAGCUGAUUGAGAUGACGGAUGCGGAGAAGGAGGCUGCGAGGAAGGGCAAGGGCAAGAAUCAGAAGGAUGAGGGAUGGUAGUUUUUUUUUUAAUGUUUCUCUCACUCUUCCCUUCUCUUUUUUUAUUUCUUCCUUUUUCAUCCCUUUCGCCAACGUUUUGCCCCUAGAUAUGAUACAUAUGUGUGCAAUUUUUCUGAUGAGCAAAAUAUUCUAUAGAAGAAACGGGAAGUAAACAGGCUUACUAUGUUUGCAUCUUUCUUGUUUUUGCAUGUAUGUACUUUUCUUUUUGGGAGGGGGAGGUUGGUUCUAACACCUUGUAUCUUUUUUUUUGCUCCGGGAGUUUUAAGUGCUAGGAACUGCAUAAUAUGUAUGAAAUCAAUUGGGUACAUUG